CAUGACAAUAAUUUUCUGUAUUACAGAUAAAAUGCCGUACUGCUGCAUAACAAAGUGUGGCAACUCAUGGAAACGAGGCAACACAAUGCAUCAUCUUCCUACAAAUUAUGAAAGAAGAGAGCAGUGGAUUAAAAAUAUAGGAAGACUUGAUUUAGAUCCUGCAAAGGAAUAUUAUGUAUGUAAUAUUCAUUUUGAGGCUAAUAUGUGGGAAAAACCACGAGUAGACGGCAAACAAAAAUUGAAAAGUACUGCCAUUCCCACAAUUUUCCCAAAAAAGCAAGAAGACGUAGUAUCAAAUAAUAAUAGACAAUGUUCUGCCGCUAUAAAUACUGAAGACCGUCCUCAACUAGAAGAAAGUGAACAUAAAGAUAUUUUUACUGAAUUAAUGGAGACUAUCGAGGAAAAUACUGAAUUAGUGAACAAUACUGACAAGUUAGUGGACAAUAUUGAGUUAGAGGAAAAGUGUAUAAAUAAAGAAAACAAUUUGAAAACAGCCCAAACAUUGGACACUAAAGAACUACAAUUGAAACUGGAGCACGCGAAUGUUGUAAUUGAAAAACAGGAAAAAUCAAAACGGAUGUUAUUAAAACGUAUUAAAAGAUUAGUAUAUGAAAAGAAGAAAUUAAUAACAGAAAAUCACAACUUGAAAGCAAGCAAAUCUGUGAAUCAAUUACUAAAUAAGGAUCAAAUAAUAGCUCUCCAUAAAAAAUCUGUACGAGGUUACAAAUGGUCUGCUAAUACCGUGAGAAAAGCCCUCCGAUUGAAAUUGUUAUGCGGUGCUAGCGGCUAUCAAGAAAUAUUAGACCAGGGUAUUCCAUUACCUGCAGCACGUACGCUAAGACAAAGAUGUGAGGAUCUUGAGUUUCAUCCCGGCAUCUGCGAGGAAGUAUUUGAGACAUUACAACAACGAGUAUCUCAAUUUACGGAUGAUCGUGAAAAAGAUUGCAUGCUAGCCCUCGAUGAAAUGAGCAUUAUGGCAGGAGAGCAAGUUGAUCAUGGUAUAAUGUCACAUGUUGGUCUUUCAACUCUUCCUGACAAAUCUGGUAAAUAAAUUAGAUAUAUACA